UGUAGCUGCAAUAUUUAACUUAGCCAGCUGUUUUUUUAAUCAAUCUAGUGGUGAUUUGGAAAGUCUUUGAAUAUGAAAUUACUUUUCAUUAUUAUUUUUGUGGGUUUCUUUCAAAGCAAUACUGGGCAAGAACACACGUACUUGAUUACAGCACCCAAGGUACUUCGAGUUGGUGCAUCUGAGACUGUUGUGCUUCAAUCAUAUGGAUAUACCAAACCAUUAAACGUCAGAAUUAGUCUCAAAACCUGCCCCGACAGACAAAAGGUUUUAGCUGAAGAAGAGGUUUCAAUAAAUGAAGAAAAUGGAUUUCAAGCAUCUGUGAAGCUGACUAUCUCACCAAAAGAUUUACCUAGAAAAAAGGAUGAAAAACAGUGUGUGUACUUAAUAGCGUAUUCUUCAAUAUUUACUCAAGAGGAAGAGGUGCUGGUGUCUUAUAAGAAUGGAUUACUCUUUAUCCAGACUGACAAACCUGUUUACACGCCUGAUCAGUCAGUGAAAUUACGAAUUUAUUCUCUGAAUGAAGAACUCAAACCAGCCAGAAGACCUAUUGCCAUUACAUUUAAGGAUCCAGAGGAAGUUAAAAUUGACUAUGUAGAAUAUGAAGAUCUCACCGGAAUAAUCUCAAUACCUGACUUCAAGAUUCCAUCUAAUCCCAAGUAUGGUAUAUGGACAGUAGAAGCUUCUUAUAAAAAUGACUUCACAACUACUACUUCAACGCAUUUUGAGAUCAAAGAAUAUGUGUUACCAACCUUCCUGAUCUCUAUCAAGCCAGAAAAGCACUACAUUUCUUUUGAGGAAUUUGAAAGAUUUACAAUAACCAUAACAGCAAGAUAUUUUUAUAAAAAAAUAGUAUCAUCUGCAUCUGUCUUUGUGCGUUUUGGAAUUAUUGACAAACACGGUACAAAGCAACUAAUGCCACUUGCAGCACAGCAUGUUCUGAUGUUCAAUGGAGUAACAACUAUAACAUUCAACCCUAAAGCUGCAACUGAAUUAAUUAACCGAUAUGGUAUUGAAGAUCUUCAUGAAGAUUUUUUGUACAUUGGAGUGACAGUUCAAGAUUCAUCAGCUGGAAUAUCUGAAGAUGCUGAAUAUAGCGAAGUUAAAUUUACUGUCUCGCCGUAUUUAAUUAACCUGGUGGGAACUCCACUUUUUGUAAAACCUGGGCUUCCAUACAACGUCAUAGUCCAAGUAAAAGACAUUUUGGGAUAUCCAGCUGGAAAUGUUGCAGUUACAUUUUCUGCAAAGGCAGUUUUUGAAGAGGGUGAAAGACAAGACAUAUAUCUAUCAGAGUCAAAUGGCAGAAAGAUAACCAAAAGAGAUGAUGGAACUGCACUGUUUAUUAUCAAUCUUCCAGCUGGACUUCAAGAAUUAGAAUUUAAGACUACCCUCGAUACUGAAAACCCCUACUCCAAGGAAUUCAGAGCAAAGGCUUAUCAUUCAAGAUCCAAAAGCUACUUGUAUAUUACUUGGGUAGCCACUUUCCAAACAUUCCGGGUUGGACAACACCUUAGUGUGAACCUUGUUGCAAGUAGUCCAUACCUGAAUAAAAUAAGACAUUUCCACUACCAGGUGGUAUCAAAAGGAAAAAUAAUUUCAUUUGGGACAAAGUUACGUUCAGCUGGCACCCAGAUUUUCAAUCUGAAUAUUCCUAUCAUUGCAGAAAUGAUCCCUUCUGCACGCUUGAUUGCAUAUUAUAUUGUAACUGGAGAAAAUGCUGCUGAACUGGUUGUUGAUUCUAUAUGGUUUGAGGUAGAAGAGAAUUGUGUAAACAAUCAACAGAUUCAGUUAGACGCUGAUUCUGAUCUAUAUGAGCCUGGAAAUCCAAUGACUUUAAGAAUCAGUGCUGAUCCUAAUUCACUUGUUGCAUUAUCUUCCAUUGACACCGCUGUGUAUACAGUCAGAAGCGGAAGCAAAGUAUCAAUCAAAAAAGUGCUACUUGAUGCUGAGCAGCAUGAUCUUGGAUGUGGCGCUGGAGGGGGAGCGAACAAUGCAGAUGUGUUCAGGAAAGCAGGAUUGAUGUUUUUAACCAAUGCCAAUGCUAAAACUUUGCCAGUUACAGAAGCAAAAUGUGAUGCUAUAUUGCGAACAAAGCGAAAUCUGAUACUGGGGAGUGAAAUACAAAAGAAAAUUGCCAGCUUUACUAAUGCCAUUGAACAGAAGUGCUGCAUAGAUGGAAUGAGGGACUACCCUCUAAAGCAGUCUUGCACUGUAAGAGCAAGUAGAAUCAAGUUACCUGAACCAUGCAGACAUAUAUUCUUAGAAUGCUGCAAUUAUGCAGAGGAGCUGAAGUCAAAGUCUUUAGAUACUUUGACAUUAGGAAGAAUGGAACUGAACAAUGCAUUUGAAUUGGAGGCACCAAAGAUCCGUAGUUAUUUUCCAGAAAGUUGGCUAUGGGAGGUCCAUGAAAUUUCAGAAAGUUCAGGUAUUAAGGAGCUGAUCAAAAAUUUGCCUGAUUCACUGACUACUUGGGAAGUGCAAGGAGUUGGAAUGUCUGAGGCUGGUGUAUGUGUUGCUGAACCAAUAAAGAUGACAGUUUAUCAAGAUGUGAUUCUAAAAGCAAAAAUACCUUAUUCUGUUGUGCGAGGGGAACAAGUUCAACUACGAGCCUCUGUGUAUAAUUAUAAGUCGGAGAGCAUAUUGGUUUGUGUACAAAUGAGUACAGAAGAGGGAACGUGUUUAUUCAAAGGCUCUCGUACAAGUGCUGAAGGAAAACAGAAAACUGCUUGCCAAAGGAAAGCCUUGGAAGGUUUCUCAGCACUCCCAUUCACAUUCACUAUAUUGCCCCUGAAAAUAGGUGUUCACAGCAUAAAUUUCACACUGAAUACUGAAUAUACUAUAAAUGAAGUUACAGUGCUUAAGUUGCGUGUGGUGCCUGAAGGAAUUAAGAAAGAGAAGAACUAUGCCUACAUAUUGGAUCCAGCCAAUGUCUUGGGCACUUUAGUGAGAAGGGUUGAAAUUCCAUUAAGAACACCAUUAAAUAUUCUCCCAAAUAUAGUACCACAAAAUGUGCUAACAGUGCAAGGUGACAUCAUUGGUGAAGCAAUGUCUAUAGCUUUAGAUCCUCAGGGUGUUCACAAACUAAUCGAUCUACCCUAUGGCUCGGCUGAAUCAGAGGUAUUUAAUGUUGCCCCAGUCUACUUCAUUUAUAACUACCUGGAGAAGACCAAUAAUUGGAAUGUGAUGGGAUCAAACUACAGGUUGACACAGCUGAAAAUGAAGAAAAAAAUGAGAGAGGGUAUUACAAAUAUCAUGUCUUUCUACAUCAAAAAUGUUCACUCAUAUAGCUUGUGGAAGGGUCGAGAGUCCAGCACAUGGUUAACAGCUUUUGUAUUAAGGGUGAUUGCACAAGUCAGUGAAUACCUCUCACUGGAUAAACAAUUAAUAUGUAAAACAGUAUUUUGGCUCAUCCGUAACUGCCAAAACUCUGAUGGAUCCUUCAGAGAUAGUUACAGUUAUAUUCCAAUACAAUUACAGGGUUCACUGAAGGAAAAAUCUUUGGAUAAAACAAUGUUUCUGACUGCAUUUACCAAUAUUGCCAUUCAGAAAGCAUUUCCCUUCUGUAGUACUGAAGGAGUUAAUAAAGCCAUAUAUAAAGCCAAUGAAUACUUAUCAAACAAUCUGGAUAAUGUGAAGAGUACACUUGUAUUGGCUAUAACUGCAUAUGCACUGGCAUUGAAAGACCAUCGAUCACGCUCUUCUUAUCGAGCCUUGGAAAAACUGAAGUUUGAAGCUUUUGUAAUAGGUCAGCCCCCUGUACGUCGUUACUGGAAAGACACUCCAAAACUUGGGACUUCUACCAGUGAAGUAACAGCACAAGUGGUGCAAACAACAUCAUAUGCUCUUCUGGCUGUGUUGCUUUCCACUGAUAAGAGAUAUGGAAACCCCAUUGUUAAAUGGCUUACUGAACAACAGCGUUACGGUGGUGGAUUUCUUUCAACACAAGACACUGUAACAGCCCUUGAAGCUCUCACAGAGUAUGUUAUUAAUAUGAAACAUUCUAAGCUGGAUAUGUCACUAUCAGUUAACUACAAAAAGCUUGGCAAUAUACUUAAUUUGGAACUGAAUGAACAAAAGGCAUUUUCAAGACCAAUAGAGAUUGAAAAAAAUGAUGAUGUAGUUGUUGUAACCAGGGGCAGGACUGGCACAGCUCUUGUUAAUAUGAGAAGGGUAUAUUAUGUCAGGGGCACAUCCAGUGAAACUUGUCACUUCUCUCUAAAAAUGGAAGCCAAAAGAAUUAUUUCAAGUAAAAGACCUGCAGGAGUGGAGAAAGCUUAUCGCCUGGAAGCUUGUGUGAAAUAUGAACCAAGAUCUGAAGAUGAUGCUUUGGAAUCAGACCAUUCUGUAAUGGAGAUAACCCUGAACACAGGCCUCUUGCCAGAUGACGAUGAUUUAAAAACAUUAUUAAAUGGAGUUGACAGUCUUAUUGUGGACUACAGAAUAUCAGAUAGAAGUGUCAUUCUUCAAGUGGAAGCAAUUCCAUCAGAAUACGACUUCUGUGUUGCAUUCCGUGCCUUUCAAAUUAUUGAAGUUGGAAUGGUAACCCCAUCUCCUUUCACAGUUUACAGCUAUCAUUCACCAGACAAAAGGUGCACUAUCUUUUAUAACACAGUAGAAGAUAAUAAGCUUUUAAAACUGUGCAGAGGGGACGAGUGCAAAUGUAUGAAAGCGGAGUGCAGUGAAAUGCAGCCACCAAUAAAUACAACCCUUACUGGACGUGAAAGAUAUGAAGCUGUGUGCAGUAAAAACCCAGUUUAUGCCUACAGGUUGCAAAUUUUGUCUUCCGAGGAGCAGAUCAAUUUCAUCAAGUACAACGCCACUAUUCAGGAAAUAUAUAUGACAGCUGAAAGAAUUCAACAAAACUCAUUAAUAACUCUAAUCAAAAAAGACACUUGCCUUGGUGUUACCUUAACGCAAGGACAAACGUAUUUGAUUGUGGGGAAAACUAGCCUAAAAUUUAGUUCAUCAAGAAGAUUUAUAUACGAAUUUCCCUUGGAUUCAUCCAGUUGGAUUGAAGAGUGGCCUUCUGCAAAUGAAUGCUCAGAGAAUAAAUGUGAAGAAUUCCUCCAGCAAAUGGCAGAUUUUUCACUUGAACUCUUAAUUAAUGGAUGUUCAUAGAAGAUGAACUGGACCACAUUUGAAUCUUAAAAUUCUUCUUUUUGUUACUUUGGUAAUAGUAGUUUACUGAUUUUCUUUUGAAUAAGGUAGAAGUUUAUAAUAAUAAUGUUUCACAUCUUUUGGAUACAGUAAAAUAAAAUAUUUGCUAAACUUCAUGGAGCUAUCUUUCAAGCUACAGUUUGAUCAAAAUAGAUUUUCCCAAAAAUAAACAUCUUUAUUCAUAUUCAUAAUGUAAGCAUGAAUAUCUUUAUCAACCUCUUCUUGUGACUGACCUUGAAAAUUAUCUUAGAAGUUAAAAUGUGAAUGUUUAUGGUGUCUGUUUGAGUGUUAAAUGACUAAAAUUUGUAUGUUUAUUACAUUGAAAUGUAUUUAAUCCCUCAUUCACUAUUACUUCCAAUUAAAUAU